AUGGCCAUGAUCAACAAGAUCCUUAACAUCGUUCUUCCUAUUGUCACGGUUUCGUUUCUUGUAGUGUUCAUGCCAUUUUCAAUAUUCUUCAAACUCCUCGGCUUUAUAAGAAGAUGCAAAGAGACUGAGAAAGUCGCCGGAAAAGUAGUCGUCAUCACCGGAUCUUCGUCAGGAAUCGGUGAGCACCUCGCAUAUGAGUACGCACGUCGAGGAGCAUACUUAACAUUGGUAGCUCGGAGAGAAGAUCGUCUCCAAGUGGUGGCUGACCGGUGCCGGAAGCUUGGAUCACCAGACGUUGCUGUGGUACGCGGUGAUGUCACAGUCAUUGAAGAUUGUAAACGUUUUGUUCAAGAAACCAUCUCUCGUUUUGGAAGACUGGAUCAUCUGGUGAACAAUGCAGGAAUUGCAGAGGCCAAAAUUUUCGAAGACUACUCGCAAAUUUCGGAUGUUCUUCCCAUAAUGAAUACUAACUUUUGGGGACCGGUCUACGCAACGCAUUUCGCUAUACCGCAUCUGAAAAAAACCAAAGGGAAGAUAGUAGCGGUGGCAUCGCCUGCUGGAUGGGCUGGAGUGCCAAGGAUGAGCAUUUAUGCUGCAAGCAAAGCAGCUAUGAUAAACUUCUAUGAGACUCUUAGGAUCGAGCUCCGUCCAGAAAUCGGCGUGACAAUCGUGUUUCCGGGUCUAAUCGAAAAUGGAAAUACCGAUCCAGAUCUUUUGGCUGAGAAACAAGAGUGGUCGCAAGUUGUGGCCAUCGAGUCAGCAACAGAGUGCGCCAAGGCGGUUGUUUACGGAAUCUGUAGGGGGAAAACCUUUGUGGCAGAGCCGUCAUGGGUCCGGGUUCUCUUCUGGCUUAGCACUCUCUGCCCUGAACUUCUAAUCUCUAAGCCUAAUAAGAACUGACCAGUUGUAUAAUACAACAAUUGCAAAAUAAUGAAAUAUUGAUCUCAAAACACAAUUUAAAAUAUAGGAGUUUAGCAACUUAGCCAGCCAUUCACCAAAGCUGUGUGGUCAAUUGUAGCAUCCAGUUUAGUUAUUUUAUUUAAAAAGAUGUGUAACUUU